AUGAAAACUGAUAGCCUGAAACUGUACAACGAGGUUGUUUUCGGGCAAGUUUACACCGGCAACACGUUUGUGGAAAAUUUCGUCUCAGGAAACUCUGGAGCAAACCCCAUCAACGUAGCUAACUCCGGAAUCGGUUCCUCUGGAGUUGCUAAUACUGGAUUCGGCAGCGCUGGUCUGAUUAACACAGGAUUUGCAAACGGCUUCGGUUCGCUUGGCACAGGCAUAGGAAGCGGUGUCGGUGUGAUUGGCGGAGGUAUUGGCAGCGGCGUCGGUGUGAUUGGCGGAGGUAUCGGCAGCGGAAAUGCCUACAGUCAAUAUGGACCCUUCAACUAUGGUUUCUUGGGUGACACUGGCGUCGAUUUUUCUGCCAUUGCUGCCAGCAGUGGUUUGGCUGGACUCAGUGGAUACUUGGAAAAUGGUAACAACGGCCUUGCACUGAACACACUUGGCCUUGGUGGUCUUGGUGUUAACAACCUUGGGUUAGGCCUUGGUAAUGCUGGUUUAACUGCAGUAGGAUUGGAGAAUGUUGGCGUGGCUGGUCUUGGAGUUGGCAACAUUGGACUUGGUCUUAGUAACGCCGGCUUGGCUGUAGGUGGAUUGAACAAUGCUGGCUUAGGGGUUGCCGGACUCGGAUACGGCGCUGGUCUCGGUGUACAAAACGUAGCUGCUACGUCCCAGGUGCCCGUUACCGGCCCCUUCACAGCUACUGGCAAUGCUGAGCUCGUGGUCGGAGGUGACUUCGGCGUCGGCGGUCAAGCCGUGGUCGGCGGACAGAUCCCAGUGCUCGGUGCUGUUGGCUUCUCUGGUGCGAUACCCGCCAGUGGCGUCGUCUCUAUCGCUGGCAACUGCGGCUGCUCGACUAUACCCCUGUAA